AUUCAUCCUCUACUUUAUAUCUGGUUUUUUAGCAAUUUGUAAUACUACUUAAUAAAAUGUCUUCACAAAAGAGGGGUUCUAAUUGGAGUUACAAUGAAGAUGUAUUCUUGUGUAACUCUUGGGUGUCUAUUUCCGAAGAUGGUGUAGUCGGAAUCAAUCAAGCAGGCGAUUCAUUCUGGUCUCGAGUUCACAUGUUGUUCUGCCAAAAGGCAAAUACGGUAGUUCGAACUAGGGAGGCGGUUGAAUCACGGUUCAAAGUUAUCAACCAUCAGUGUUCUUUAUGGAAGGGGAGUUUGCAAAAGGCAAAUGCAACCCAGAGAAGUGGAUCCAACCUAAUCGAUGUGACGAUGGUCGCAAAAACAAUCUUUGUAAACGACAAUCGUGACAAGGCAUUUAAAUUUGAUCAUGCUUGGCAUAUACUUCAAGCAUGUCUGAAUUGGUAUCAACAAUAUGAUACUACUCCCACUUUUACGUUCGUACCUUCUGUCACUCCCGAUACGUUUGUUGGAGGAAGUAGUGGUUCUUCUCCUACCGAUGGUAUAAGUGGCCCUCUUCGACGCCCCGAGGGGUGUGACAAACAGAAGGGGAAGAAAAUUGUAAAAAUAAGAAUUCAAGGACGGAGCCUGUGAUGCUUGAGUACAUGGAAAGAAUGGUGAAACAAGGCAAGGUAAUGGAAAAGAGAAGAGAGGAGAGGUAUGAGGCGGCAAAGGUGAAUGCUGAUGUGACUACAAGACUGAAACAUAUAGAUGUCGUAACCAUGGAUCUAAGUCCGUACUCACCGAGGAAGCAAAUGUGGCUAAGAGAACAACAAAAUGCCAUUUUGGGCUAUGAUCAAGAUGUCUCGAGUACCGAUGCCGCCACUUCCGCGUAUGGGAAUGACUACUUUCCUAAUUUUGACUAGGGCAUGGAUGGUGUAGUUUUUCAGUUUUCGUUUUUGUUAUUUAAUUCCAGUGUAUUUCAAAUUUCGUACUAGUUAUUUAAUUCCAAUGUAUUUCAAAUUUCGUAUUUUCCUUUUUGAUAUUGAAUUCCACUGUAUUUCAAAUUUCAUACUAGUUAUUUAAUUCAAGUGUAUUUCUGUUUUCGUUAUUUAAUUCAAUUGCAUUUCAUUUUCCUUA